CAUUCCCAGUUUCACCCUCUCUGCUUCUUCCCAACCUAACCAUUCGCCUCGUCUCGGUCUCCAAAGCCCAGCUCCAGCUCCAGCUCCAGCUCCAAUAAAUAGUCAACAGUCUCUCGACUCCAUAUAAACAUCCUCCUCCGUCCGUUUCCACCUCGCACGAAGCUCCUCGCUCUUAUCGCAUCACACUUGCUUCUCUCCCCUUAACCAUUUUUUUACUUCAAAAUGGUUCACCUUACAACCGUCAACACGCCCCCAGACUCGGCCUCCGCCUCCGGCGCCGAGGACUCGUCGAACGCCGCCAACCUCCGCCAGGUCCAGCAGCAGCUCAAGAAGGUCCAGCUCCAGCUCGCUGACCAUGACGACUGCUACACCACCAGCGUCUACGGCUCCCGCUUCGCCAAUCAGGACCUCCCCAAGAGCGAGAUGCCCGAGAGCGAGAUGCCCAAGGAGGUUGCCUACCGCAUGAUCAAGGACGAGCUCAGUCUCGACGGUAACCCCAUGCUCAACCUGGCCUCCUUUGUGACGACUUACAUGGAAGAAGAAGCCGAGAAGCUCAUGGCCGAGAGCUUCAGCAAGAACUUCAUCGACUACGAAGAAUACCCCGCCUCAGCAGACAUCCAAAACCGCUGCGUCUCCAUGAUCGGCAAGCUCUUCCACGCCGACGUGGGCGCGGGCGAGGGCUUCGGUGCCGUCGGCACCUCGUGCGUCGGCUCCUCCGAGGCCAUCAUGCUCGCCGUCCUUGCCAUGAAGAAGCGCUGGAAGAACAAGCGCCAGGCCGAGGGCAAGUCCACCGAGCACCCCAAUAUCGUCAUGUCCUCCGCCGUCCAGGUCUGCUGGGAAAAGGCAGCCCGCUACUUCGAGGUCGAGGAGAAGCUCGUCUACUGCGCGCCCGACCGCUACGUCAUUGAUCCCCAGGAGACGGUCGAUCUCAUUGACGAGAACACCAUUGGUAUCUGCGCCAUUCUGGGUACCACGUACACGGGCGAGUAUGAGGACGUCAAGGCUGUCAAUGACUUGCUGAUUGAGAAGAACCUCGAUGUGCCCAUCCACGUUGAUGCCGCCAGUGGAGGCUUCGUCGCCCCCUUCGUCGUGCCUGACCUCGAGUGGGAUUUCCGUCUGAAGAAUGUUGUCUCAAUCAAUGUGUCUGGUCACAAGUACGGCCUCGUUUACCCCGGUGUCGGUUGGGUGGUCUGGCGUUCCGCCGACUUCCUCCCCCAAGAACUUGUCUUCAACAUCAACUACCUCGGCGCAGAUCAAGCCUCUUUCACCCUCAACUUCUCAAAGGGCGCCUCCCAGGUCAUUGGCCAAUACUACCAGCUCAUUCGCCUCGGCAAGAAGGGCUACCGGGCCAUCAUGUCAAACCUCACCCGUACCGCAGACUAUCUCUCCCAGUCCCUCGAGGUCCUCGGCUUCCGCAUCAUGUCCAAGCGCUCCGGCGAAGGUCUCCCCCUCGUCGCAUUCCGCCUCCCCGAAGUCCCCGCUGGCGCCGAGGACGAGCCGGGCGUCCGUCACUACGACGAGUUCGCGCUUGCGCACCAGCUUCGCGUCCGCGGCUGGGUCGUGCCGGCCUACACCAUGGCGCCCAAGACCGAUGACCUCAAGAUGCUCCGCGUCGUUGUUCGUGAAGACUUUUCUAAAUCGCGUUGCGACGCCCUCAUUACCGAUAUCAAGCUCUGUAUGGGCCUGCUCGAGCAGAUGGACCAGGACGGCGUCAAGAGGCAGCAGGAGUACAUCAACAAGCAUCACCUCACCAGCUCGAAAUCAACCCACAACCACCCAAAGUUCAGAAAGGAAAAGCAUUCCCUACAGGGUAAGACUGGCAAAACGCAUGCCAUCUGCUAAGUCCUUCCGCGGCUGCUGUCAUAAAGACGGGAAUUACUUACGGCACGAAAUAAACGAUUGACACGACGCAUACGACGGCUCCACUGGUGAGGUGGUGGCGGCCACGGUGAUGGCUUCAAGGCCGGACUAGGUUUGGGUAAAGUAGGCUGGCGGUAGAGGGGGGGAUAUACUACACGAGUGGAUAGGAAGGGUAGUUUUCCUCGCACCUGUAUUUUGCUCAAGAGGUUUGUAGAGGAGAAAAGAAUACACCAGUCAUUGGAUCUA